AUGACUGAUUUGGAAGAUUAUUAUUCUAGUAACAGUAUAGCCAUAUUAAGAGAAGAUCCGGAUUUGCCAAUGUAUAAAGAGCGAUGCCCGAAGCGAAAAAUCUGUUUUGUUACUCAACAAGAAAUAUUUUCCGACCUUCACUUGGAUGUUCCAUCUAAGGAAGAAUCAGAUGAAUACUAUGCCUUAUUUAAUAAUAAGGAAGUUGAGUUAUAUGAUCCAUUUGACCUGCCUACGAUUCGUGUUUUUGACAUUCAGAGUCCAGAGGUGAGGAAUCUCAGUCGAGAAAUCCGAAAACUACAUACAACCGAGUUGAAAGCCAGAUUACGAUCGCUGGGCGCUAACACGAAUGGCCCUAAGGAUUUACGCCAGGACAGAUUGCUACGUGCAGUACUAUGGUGCACCGGCUACCAAAAGUCAGUGCCAUGGUACGAUUGGGACAACGCCAAAGAGGAACCAACUCAAUCGUCGGAAAAUUUCACGAGUAGGCGCAAUUCCAAGAGAAAACAUGAACAAACGUAUGGAGAAGAAACCGAGAAAAUUCGAGUAACGAAGAUGAAAUCGCGUAGUGAUUAUGUUGAUAGAGGUCAAGACCACGAAAACCAAGACAGUUCCAGCAAAGCCAAGCCUCAGCAUCAGAAAGAGAAGGUGUCGAAGAAGAAGAUUCGAAGGCUACGUGGUCGAGUUAGAAGUCGAAACCGAGAUCGAAGCCAGAGUUCUAGCAGUAGUUCAAGUCGAAGCAGCAGCAGUUCAACUCGAAGCAGCCGCAGUCCGAGUAGUAGCAGCAGCUCGAGCAGCAGCAGUUCGACGAGCAGCAAUAGUUCAGGUCGAAGUAGCAGUAGUUCAAGUCGAAGCAGCCGUAGUCUGAGCAGUAGCAGCAGCUCGAGCAGCAGCAGUUCGACGAGCAGCAGUAGUUCAAGUCGAAGCAGCCGCAGUCCGAGUAGUAGCAGCAGCUCGAGCAGCAGCAGUUCGACGAGCAGCAAUAGUUCAGGUCGAAGUAGCAGUAGUUCGAGUCGAAGCAGUUGGAGUUCAAUUAGUAGUCGUUCUAACAGCCGUGCAAGCCUAAAUUCAAGUAGUAACAGCCGGAGCAGCAGCAUUAGCAGUUUCGACAGCCGCUAUCUAGAGCCAGAGUCGGAUAGUGCUAAGAAGAUUGCCGAGCCAGUAAUUUACAGCUCGCCAUUUGAGGAUUGCCAAGUCUGUGGUUUCAAGGACGUAGUCUUUCAGAGCUGCCCAAACUGUGCAGAACUGAGAGUACUGUUGGGAAAUGACCUCUGUUGA